AUGAGCGAAGCUCCUCAAGCCAUCCACGAGCAAGCAACAGGAAGUAUCACUCGAGUCGGUAAAGCUUGUGAACCCUGCCGGAUCCGCAAGACCCGAUGCAACAUCUCGAACCAGGCGGUAUGUAGCGAGUGCAUCAAGAGGGAAAUACAGAGCGAGUGCAAGAUAAGAGAGAAGGCUAGGCCGAACAGACCAACAUCGCUCAAGCCGAAAUCCAAUCCUGCUCCCCGUUCCCCUUCGCAUCCCGUAUCUGCCCCUGCACCCCACUCUUUGCUCGAACAAACGUCGAUACCUCAUGCUGGGCCAAGUACAUGGAGUACACCUGCCCGAGCGGGCCCGGUGGAGCUCCCAGGAGGGCAGAUGUCAGCCUCGGCCAUGGUGGAAGCGAUCCUAGAGGAGCAGGUGCGGAUACGCUAUGGCCAUACUAUCAGCGUGGGUAUGCCACCAGAGAACAUCUUCAAGGCUCGACAUUCUCGCUACCUCAACCUCGGCGAGAUAGGGCUCGACCCGUCAUCCCCCGGCUCCCUCACACAAGCUCAACGGUGGAUCAACACCCACUUUCGCGCUAUCCACCAUAGCACCCCCUUCCUCCAUCUUCCACACGUCCUUGGGAUCGCCACCAAGCUCUUCUCUGCGGGGAUGGACGACAUAGCGAAUGACGAGCUCGCUCUGCUUUACGCUGUCCUCGCGCUCGGCAGUCUGCGGGAACAGACGUACGACUCAGAGACGGGCGAGUACCGUACCCUCGCGACCAGCAUGACGAUCAACGACCUCCUCCUCGGCUUUGGUGCUUCUCCACUAUCCGACCAGCCCGGGUCGUUCCAAUCAGGCUCGGUAGCUCAGUCUCUCUUUCGCCUGGCGCAGGAAGAGCUGGAACAGGCGGACCAGCCGAGCGAGACUGCUGUGCAGGCGUUGUUCCUGCUCCACAUGUUUGUCAGCAAUACGUCGAUGGGGCGGAGGUCGAGGGACUAUGUCGCGAGGGCGGUCAUGAUGUCGCAUGAACUGGGGUUGAAUCGGCGCCUCCCAAGCAGUAGCUCGAGGAUGGACGAGCACGCAGUACGCCGGCGGGCUAUGCUGUACCUCUACGUCUACUUUUCCGACGUGUAUCUAUCCGCCCUAGAGAGUCACCCUCCCCUCAUCAAGCGCCACGACUAUGACCCAGACGUCUUUGCGCCAAUCUACCAAGCCCCAUCGAAUGGUAUCGACACCCCGUCCGGUACGCCCAUCAGCGGUCUCCGAGACUUUGUCGAUCUAGUCACGAGUAUCGGCGGUGUUCUCGAGCGGCUACAUACUGGCUAUCACGCCGAGUCGACCGCAUCGAUCGAGCUCGUCCUUCAGCUGGACAAAGAGAUGGAAGAUCUGAGGGAGAGAUUGGGAAAGACGACAUUUGAUCCGGAUAUCAGACCGGAUGUUACCAUGCCGGUGGAGAAGCGGACGGCGGCGGCGGGAUCUCUUCUUAGGCAAAUACAUUAUAAUUGGUCUCGAAUCGCUCUCCGUGCUCCUUCACUGCGACACCCCCUCCUCCGCCAUUCCUCGCUGGCCAUCUGCGCCCGAUCCGCCCUGUCGAUCCUCCUCUUCCACCAGCAAGUCAUUGGCGCCGGCAUCCUCAACCUCCCAUGGAUGCAGCUGCGGCGUAUCGCCACGUCGAUCUAUAUCGUCUUUGUCGCGUUGUGGACCGGGGAAGUCACGCACGCGGAUGCCGAGGCCGCAGUGGCGAACACGCUGAAGGUGCUGUGUGUGAUAGGGACGCGAUGGAAGUCGGCGACUACACUAGCGAGGACGGUCGUUCAGCUCGCGGAUGAGUCUGGUCUGGUCUUCGAAAAGCCGCAAGAGGAGCCGCUACGCCUAGAUCAAACGAUGCCAAUACAGAACGGGAAUAUGGGCGUAUCGUGGGAUAUGAUCGGGUCGCUUGGUCCGGUCGCACCAGUCCAGGAGAAUUUUGGAGCAGUCGGAGACCCUAUCUUGGACUGGGGAGCUCUUGGCGCUGACGCAGAUAUGUUCUCGAGCUGGCAGGCUCUGCACCAGCCACCGUGGUAA